UUUCAUUUCCUCAUCUCUUUUGCUCCCCUUCUCUUCCGCAAAAACAUUUCUUUCAUGUCCCCUACCCCUUGAAAUUCAUCAAGAAAAUUUAUCAAACAUGAUGGGCAGUGUUUGUGCUGAGCAGCAACACAAGUUCCACCACUCCCACCAACUCUAUCUCACCAAGAAAUCCCUCAGGGAAAUCGACAUCCCCCCCAGGAAACUCCUCAGCCGCCGCUCCUCCGCCCCCUCUCCUUCCCCCGCCGACAUGUCCUUCAUGAUGGACUCCCCCAAGGCGGAGGACACUGUCUUCUCCAAGUUCUUGCCUUGCAACAACCUCGACGAUGACGACUCCGACCCCUACUCCUCCGACCACUUCAGAAUGUACGAGUUCAAGGUCCGGAAAUGCAACCGGAGCCGGAGCCAUGAUUGGACCGACUGCCCGUUCGCUCACCCUGGCGAGAAAGCCCGGAGAAGAGAUCCGAGGAGAUACCAUUACUCCGGCACUGUCUGCUCUGAAUUCCGCAAGGGCCAUUGCAGCAAGGGAGAUAACUGCGAGUUUUCACACGGGGUUUUCGAGUGCUGGCUUCAUCCUACUCGCUACCGCACUGAGGCAUGCAAAGAUGGGAAGAAUUGCAAGAGAAAGGUAUGUUUUUUCGCUCAUUCAACUAGGCAGCUUCGUAUCUUGCCGGAAACUUCUCCUCCUCAUUCUCCGCGGAUGAACUCUCCCACCACGAUGGAGAAAAAGUACCGGAGUUUGAACCAGUGCUGUCUUUUUUGCCACUCUAUGACUGCAUCUCCUACUUCUACUCUAAUGGGCAAUAUGUCCCAUGCGUCUCCUCCACUGUCGCCACCCAUCUCUCCUGUGUGUUCGUCUGAUUUUUCACUGUACGGCGACCGAUACGGCAACAUCGAGGCGUACGGGGACAGAUUCGGUAACCUCGGGUCUUGCUGCACGUUGCCGAAACUCAACGGCGGCGGCGGCACUGGGAUGAGUUACAAGGAUGCAUUGACUGAAUUGAUGGCUUCUUUCGAGGCUAUGAAUGUGAAUCAUGAAGCAGUUUCAUCUCCAGCCGCUGUCAGCAGUGGGAACCUACCAUGGCUGGAUGUGAAUUUCAAUGUUGAAGAGCAACCCCAGUUCUUGCUAUCUCCGUCAACCCCAACACCGACGGCGACGGCGGCCAGUCGUGGUCACGGGAAAUUUUUCCAUGGAGAGUUCUCCGGCAGGAAUCUGAUGGAGGACAGCAGGUACAACAGUGAGAGCAAUUUGGCUGGGCCUGAUCUUGGGUGGGUGAAUGAUCUGCUCACUUAGACAAUUCUGAGAGAAUGGACCACAAAAGGGCGCAUAUAUAAAUAAUAAUUGUGAAGGAGAUGGAGAUUUUGAAGGAGAUAUGAACAAGAUUUUUGUAUAUAUAAGGAUCUUGCACCCGCAUAUACAUACAGAAUCCAAGUGUAUGUAUAUGUGGGGAUCGAUGACGGAGUGUGAUUAUUUUUGCUGCAGAUUGUUUUGUUAAUGGUUUUUGUUUUAACUUUUUUACGUAUUGUCAAUUAUGGGUCUUGUAUUAAUCAAAUAAUUAGUCCUUGUUUAAGUUGAGAUUAAAAUAUGUAAUUCUUGUUGAUGAUCAGUUCCAGAUGAUCACUGUGAAUUUUCUGUAAUUUAAUCUCUGAUGGGCUGCUGGAUUAAUAUUAAA